AUGGGCCCUCCCGCCGCCGCCGCGGCGUGCUCCGUGCUGGCGCCGGGGCUGGCCCCCUGCGCGCCCCGGGUCCCCGCCCUGGACCUCGCCGCAGUGGCCGCAGGCCGCGGCCCCUCUGGCGGAUCCGGGGCGGAGCCGUGCUGCCAGGACCACCCGCCUCACAGGCUGACGGCGCGCGCGGCGUCUCCGCGGCGGGGCCUUGGCCGCAGCGUGGCGCCGGCCCUGCGGCGCCUCCGGAGCCACGUCCUCGGGGGCCCGGCCGCCUUUUGGCACCGGUCUUAUGCGCACUGCCCCGCGACGGAGUCGCUGCUUUUCCCCGGCCUGACCGUGGCGAGCCCGCGACGCUCGGGAGGCGGCCGCGCGGGCGGCGGCAGGAAGGUGGCGCCCAGGUUCGCGGCGACUUCCACCACCAUGGCCUCCGACCCGCAGGCCAAGGCUCGAGAGCUGGAGGGGGCCGCCUCCGAUGGUGAUCGCUGGACGGUGGAUGCUACCAGCCUGGACGGUGGAUGCUACCAGCACAGGGACGUAGGUGAUGUACUCUCUGAGGGUAUCUUGACCGCCUGCGGUGAUCUUGGAGAACUGCCAAUCGACAGGAUCCCUUCGUACGGGUUCCUGAUCCUGAGUAAGGAUGCUUGUGACAACGGGUUGGUUACUACGAACGCUUUCAGUGAGAUGUCCUUCGUAGAGACGCCAGCAAGGUUGGCCGCUGCCGGCGGCGGCCUCGGCGCGAUCUCCGGGCGGCAGCCGCGCCGGAGGAUCCAGAGGUUAACGCUCGGGGACGAACAGAGCCUCCAGCUCAACUCGUCAGACGAGGACGGUCUCGAUCCGGAAGGCCGCUGCGGCAGCAGCGCGUCGCCCCCCACGGGCGGGGAGGUGCGUCUCGCCUGCGGCGCCAGGAGCGAGAGCGGCUCCCCCGCUGGCGGCGACGUGCGGCUGUCCCUCGCGCCCGCCCGCGGGUCGCCCGUGGGCGGCGGCGGCCCCGGCAAGGAGUUCUGGCCCCCGCUGGCCGUCGACUGCGGCAGCGGCGACGACGCUUCUCCAGACCAGCAGGACGCGGCCGGCAGCGGCGCGCGCCUCGCCGCCCUCGCGGAGGCGGGCCUCCGGGCCCUCGAGCCCGUCGACGCCCCAGCCGGCGCCCCUCCGCGCCGCGGGGACAGCCGAGGCGGCCUUCCGCCGCUGCGGGCCGCACGGCUCCGCGAGGCGGGGAGGCCCAUCGAGAAGUUGGUGAUGUGA